GUCGGUGAGUAACAUAACUCGCCGGGGUAAGCGGAAGAGUGACGGUGCGCCUGGGCUCGUCUCUGCCGGGGCUGUGAGCGCACGGCUUACCAUGACUGGGCGGCACGGCCAGUCAUGAUCGCGGCUAGUGAGACGCCGAGCCGAGUGGAAUCUUUGCGUUAGUGUGUGGUCCUGUGGUGUUUACUCGUGACACCACAUCUGGAUAUCUGGCUAUUUGUGUCCAUCCUGCCUGGUGCCGAGUUGCCACCUGCACAGUGUUUGGACAGCGGCCGCGACCCUCACUAUCGGGCCGGCUGUCACCAAUUCUCGCCCCCUAUCGGCGCGCCACGAGGCGGAGCCAUGCUCCCGAGAUGCGCGCGCCUGGCGAGGGGUGGUUCCUGUCGCCUGCCAGGCAGCACGGGUGUCGUCGGUCGACCCCGCUCCGACGGCGGUCAGUCGAUUCAUGGAGCCGCGCGCGAGAGGCCACUCAUCACGCGACGUGCGACCAGUAUCGAUCGACACUCGCUCGGAGUUCGACUCAGCUCGACCAUGGCUGACGGCUCGUCUGGCGCCCCGGCCGGCCCGACUCCGUUCUUCCAGCGAGUGAUGGCGCUGGUUGACGAGCUCCGUCUGACGGAGAGCGCGCCGCCCGACCGGCGCGAUCGGCCCGUGAUCGAGUUCCGCUCGCCCGAGGAGCUGUCGCAGCUGCUGCCGCUGGCGCUGGGCGAGCCGGCGCCGGACGAGGCCGAACUGCUGCAGCUCUGCCGCCAGGUGGCGCGCUACUCGGUGCGCACCAGUGACUUUCGGUUCCGUAACCAGCUGUACGGCGGCGUGGACGGCUACGGCCUGGCCGGCGCGCUGCUCACCGAGUGCCUCAACACCAACCAGCACACGUUCGAGGUGGCGCCGGCGUUCAUCCUGUGCGAAGCGGCCGUGCUGGCUCACGUGCGCCGCCUGAUCGGCUGGAGCACCGGCGACGGCAUCUUCGCCGCCGGCGGCUCCAUGUCCAACCAGUACGGGCUGGCGCUGGCGCGCUACCGCCGCCACCCGCAGGUCAAGACCAGCGGCCUGUUCGGCCUCCGUCCGAUGGUGCUGUUCACCUCUGAGGACGCGCACUACUCUGUGCUGAAGGCAGCCCACUGGCACGGGUACGGCCAGGAGAAUGUGGUGAGCGUUCCGACGGACGAGUGCGGUCGGAUGCGGCCCGAGGCCCUGUCCGCCGCUGUGGAGCGCGUGCUGUCCGAGGGCCGCGAGCCGCUGGCCGUCAACGCCACCUGCGGCACCACCGUGCUGGGCGCCUACGACCCGCUGCCGGCCAUCGCCGACAUCUGCCAGCAGCACGGCCUGUGGCUGCACGUGGACGCGUGCUGGGGCGGCGCGGCGCUGCUCUCGCGCCAGUGGCGCCACCUGAUGGCCGGAGUCGAGCGCGCUGACUCGGUGGCCUGGAACCCGCACAAGAUGCUCGGCGCGCCGCUGCAGUGUUCCCUGUUCGUGACGCGUCACGAUGAACUGUUACAUCAAUGUAACUCGGCCCAGGCUACUUAUCUGUUCCAGCAGGACAAGUUCUAUGAUGUCAGUCACGACACAGGCGACAAGUCAAUCCAGUGCGGUCGCAAAGUGGACGGCUUCAAGCUGUGGCUCAUGUGGAAGGCGCACGGCGACUCGGGUCUGGAGUCGAUGGUGGACACGACGUUUGCGGCGGCGCGCUACUGCGCCGACCAGGUGGCGCGCCGGGACGGCUUUCGGCCGGUGCUGCCGCCUGGCUCGGACGCCGGCCAGUGUGCGAACGUCAGCUUCUGGUACGUGCCGGCGGCGCAGCGCGGCCAGGAGGAGACGCCCGAGUGGUGGCACCGGCUGUCGCUGGUGGCGCCCCGCGUCAAGGAGGCCAUGGUGCGCUCCGGCACACUGAUGGUCGGCUACCAGCCGCUGCCGCACAAGCAGGCCGUCAACUUUUUCCGGCUGGUGUUCACAGCCGUGCCGCCGCUCGGCCGCGCAGAGGUGGACUACAUGCUGGACGAGAUCGAGCGGCUCGGCAGAGACCUCUAGUGGACGGAAUGGCGAGACGGACAGGACGAAAACGACCGAAUGCGAAAUAUGAAAUAUGCAUAAACUGUGUAAACGAAUACGGAUUAUGGUUAUGUGUAAACGAAAUAUGAAACACAUGUAAAAAUCCUUUUGUUAGGUAUUUUGUUGGAACACGGGUCACGGCUCAUAUUGCAGUAGUUCAUUCAUAAUUCCUUACCCUGAUGCCAGCAUUAGGUACCUUUUUGGGAAUCAAGUGAAUAAAGAAGUAUAAAUCUACAUCAAAU